AUGACAACCCCGAAUGGAUUGACGGAUGCACACUUGAUUCUCUGGGCCGUGCAGUUAGUCUCAGAAGGAGACUUGAAGGUGCUUCAGCGACUUGUCCACCGCCGCCGCGAUGUGUUGUCCCAUACUCUCAUAUACCGACUCCUCCUAUCGUUCUACCCGGCAGAUGUCUCCGAGCAAUCUACUCUAAUUCACUUCCUCAAGUCUAUCAUAGAAGUCUCAGCCGAUUCGACAGAUGACGCUGACGUUGACGAGAAAAUCGACCCAACCAUUGCCCAGCUCUCCAAGCAAGAAGCCAUCCAGCAGUGUCGGUCGCUGAGGCUGCAAUCCAUUCCUGAGCACGCGGCUAUAGAUAGCGACAGCACCCUGGCAAACUUUAUCAUUGAAUGGGCCAAAGAUUUAGAAUCAGUCAGUGGUGCCACGGAGCCGUCGCUGCAUUUUGUUGAACAAUUCCUGGACCACGAUGCGGACCUGCGCUUAUGGUACGAGACAUAUUUAGUGCCUGUGGUCCGACUGCAGUAUGAAUUCUAUCCAGAUACCGAGGACGUUGUUGGAGUGCGACAACUCGAGACACUGGCGGCAGCAGAAGGAAUAAAAACGUUGCUACAGUAUGCUGAGCGACAGCGUACCUCUGCUGCCAUUGUCAGGGAUCUUGAUGCCGUCGUCGCGCCGUGGGUGCGUGGCGCUGGUCGAGCGAAGAGGAGGAAGGUUGGCCAUACACAAGUGGAUGUGACAGAAGAGGCUACGUCUUGGGAAGCUGUUAAUGAAUGGCUCGUGUCGUUCAGUUUCAAGGAUUUCGACGUUGCAGCCCUGGCAUUCGUGCAAUGGGAUGGCCCCGUACCAAAUCCCGAUCCAUCUAACGAGGCUGUUGUGCGAUUCGCUCAGAUCGGAAUGGCCAUUAUCUAUGGUUGUCCGAAGGCGUCAACAGAGAUGCAGUCCAUCUGUCGACAGAUGCUUGACAAGAUUGCUAGGCUGGCAGGCCUGGAGCCUCCAGACUUUUCCAAAUCUCACCCCGAGGUGACCCUGCCCCAACCAUUUGGUACAGGGGUUGACGAAGCGGACUUGCUGCAGAACUCGCUUUCUCGAAGAGCGAACCCAUUCACACAACCAAACGAAGCGUCUAUUGACCUUCUCAUCGGACUACUUCAGACCUGUGAUAUUCUGUUGGAGUUAGGGCAAUCUGUGGUAAUUACGGAUGUUGCAAAAAUCAGUCUAUUCGGGUCAGAACUGCGUCAUAAAGAAGAGCUUCGUCGCUUGUUACAGUAUGUUCCACGCAUGACCCGGAAGGCGAUCGACUGGCGUUCCGUGCGUCGACAAUUGCUUUGGUUGCAAUCUUGGGGUCGCAGUCGAAAACUUACUUCGCCAGCCCUUGAGCCCGCGUUCCUAUCUCGUCUCUCUCCCGACUACGUGGAAAGACAGAUACUGGAUACCCUUCUCCGGGCUGGUCAAUACGACAUCGUCAAGGAGGUGUAUAUGGAGACCGCUUUCUUGCCCUUGAAGAUGCCAGACGUCGAAGACAGUAUAGUUGCCGCUAUCCUCGAAUCCUAUGACAACGCCAGCAAUGGAAACAAAGACCGUGGCGGGAUGAAACGCGCAUACGAGAUUUUGAAAGCAUUUCGGCCGCUUCUCCCCGACUCUUCGAGCUUGCUUGAUCUUGACUACCUCGUCCGAGCCACUCACAGUCUCUCCUUCUACCAGCUUACUCUGCAGCACGGUAUUCCCUUCAAGCCGGUGGCUAUCCGUGUGCAGAAAGACCCCUUGACGCUGGUGGAGAAGGUCUUGGAGCAGGAUGCAAAAGCCUACACAAAGUUGGACGACCUGCUCGAGAUAGGGCGCAAUCUUAUUCGUGCCCGUCUCCCAACUCAUAGAAUCUUGCCUCAGGACACAGACCCCAUGGAAUUGCGUGUGUCCGACGCCGAACACAGAAUCAUCUACUCAGCAGUCAUGGCGGCCCUUGCUGCAGAUGAUUUCGACACCGCGUAUGCCUACAUCACAACUCGCUUGUCCAUUUCCCCAGCGCAGCCUGUGGCAGCCAGCCUGGCGGACGACACUUCGUGGCGGGCAGCGUAUGCCGCUGGCAGAUAUCGACCCAAGUCUACACCAAAAAGUCUAAAAGCUCGAAUCGAUAGUCUAACUCAGCGGAUGGAGCUUCUCUCCCGGGCGUUGAUGCUCGCACCAUCUGGAGAUGCUCUAUCAGGGAUUCUAGCGACAUGGCGGCGUAAUGAGGAGGAGAUGGAUGGUCUGAAGGCACAAGCGAUGGAAGAAGAACGCGCGUUCGACGCUCAAGCAGAUGCGUCACUGCCUGGCGCAUACGCCCUUGAGGACCGGGACGCAGAUGCAGCUGAAACGAAGCGUGCCAUGGCACGCCGCAUUGGACCAGGCACUUCUACCGGCCCGUCGUAUGAGGAAGAAGCACCACUGGGUCUUUUCGACGUCGCCAAAGGAGCUGCAGCUGCUCUGAGGAAAAGCGCGGCUUUCCCCCUAGGACCAUCAGGAUUACAAGACCUCAAGAUCCGGGAGGCUGGCUCCCCAGCAAAGAGUCACCCCCCGCGCGAAACUGCGCAUCCCCAACUUGGCACUGACGGCCGAGUUCGCAAGAGGGAUAUAGUCACGAGUAUGGUGACUAGCGGGUUGGUCAGUGGCAUGGGCUGGGUUCUUGGUGCUCAACCACAGGAUCGGAUUGACAAGAGGAUGGAAAGUGAGUUCUGA